AUGCCAAAAAAAUUCUCCACCGAAAAUACCAAAGCUGUGGCAGCACGCGAACGUAAAAAAGCUGCAAAAGACGCCGAAGUGGCCAAAAAACAGCAACAAUUAGAAGAAGCCUACUGGCAAGAUGACGACAAAUUAAUCAAAAAGAAGCAACAGAGAAAGGAGGAGCAAGAACGUAAAAGGGAGCAACAAUUAGCCAAAAAACAGGAAGCCAAGCAGCUCCUGGAACAGGAAAUGAGCUCUAUUAAAAAAGCCGGAAAGCCUGCGCCGCCACCCAAAGUGACACGAUCCCAAAUUUCGGACACCAUAGCCAAAAAAGAGCCAGAAAAGAAGGAAAAAGUUGUAACGCAUCUGGACGAACCCUUGCAGGAAAACAUCAACAGGCUCAAGAUUGAGGGGGAGGAGGCCAGGACUGUGGACGAGGCCAUUGGAAUAUUGAGCUCGAAACCGGAUGAUAUCGACAAGCACCCCGAGCGUCGGAUGAAGUCUGCAUUUACAGCGUACGAGACGAGACGUCUGGAGGAACUGAAGGCUGAAAACCCCACACUUCGCCUGUCCCAGUUGAAGCAAAUGAUAUUCAAAGAGUGGCAAAAAUCGCCGGAGAAUCCUCUGAAUAAACAAUAAUGUCGCAACCAAGUGAUCAUCAUCGUGAAUAUGCCGAAAUAAUUUCUUACGCACUAACCUACUUAUACUUGACGCUUUAUUGUUUUACCGGUUUUAUUAGACGAAUUGUUAUGAAGUCAGUGUAUUUUGUUGGUACCGUUAAUAGAUAAUUUAUGACACACAAA